UCUUCCUCAAUUUCUUCCUUUUAAAUACACACGAAUUUCAAUCUCCAACCAUCAUGCACCCUACAACUUAACUAAUUUAAUUUUGAUCAAUGGCUUCGAUUGCUUCUACCACACAAGCUCCUCCACCCACGGCCGCCCUCAGCCACCUCGCCAUUUCAUGCGCCAGACCCGUAUCCCGUUAUUCAGCAUCUCUCAAAGGGGCCCGGUGCUAAGACUGGCGCCAAAAAUCAGCCGAACCCACGUAACAAAGUGGAGGGUUUUGAGCGCGGCAGCGCAGCCAGACACUCUGCAGGUGGUGCAGAGCACGAUCGCGAAGCAGUUGUCGGUGGAGGAGUGCACAGUGACGCCACAGACCAAGUUUGCUGAUCUGGGCGCAGACUCGUUGGACACUGUGGAGAUUAUGAUGACGUUGGAGGAGAAGUUUGGGGUCUCCGUCGGAGAGAGUGGGGCCGAGAGCAUCGCCACCGUGCAGGAUGCCGCCGACUUGAUCGAGAAAGUCAAGUCUGCCGCACCUUAAUGCAAUCACCACUGAUUCUUUCAUGGAUUAAAGUUUAACAUGAUCGAUAUUAAGCAGUGCAUCGCAUUGGGGUAGAUACUAGAUUUUGCUUCGAUUGCAAGGAAUAACCAUGCUUGGUAUGAUGGAAUGGAAUGAGGGUGGAAUGGAAUGGAGGUUGGAAUGGA